AUGGCCCGUGAGAAACUUGGAAAUCCUCCUAAGUUUAGUUGUCCGUGUGUUGAUUGUAAGAAUCUUGCUGAGCCACUUCCUCCAUGUACAGUUCAUCUUCUCUUGCUAAAACGAGGAAUGGAUCCUACUUACUCAGAGUGGGUUCUUCACGGCGAGAAGGAUAAUAGUUCUAAUGAUGUUCAUGAUCAAGAGGCAGCAAGACGUACUUUUUAUCAGAUGUGGACAGAAGCUAAUGUUGAAGGUUAUUCUCCGAUUGAUCCGGGUCAGGAUACUAUGCAUGACGAGGGGUUGGCAAACCAGAUAGUAGAGGCUGACUUCCCUUUAUACCCUGGUUGCACUACACACACGAAGCUAUCAAUCAUUAUUGAGCUUUAUAGGAACAAGACGGUAAAUGGUGUAUCUCAGAAAGCUUUUGAUGAACUUCUCAAGACAACUGGUUCAAUGUUGCCCCCAGGUCAUUGUCUUCCCAAAUCAACAUAUGAAGUGAAAAAGUUGUUGAAGGCUUUUAAACUGACUUAUGAGAAAAUACACGCAUGUCAGAAUGAUUGCUGUUUGUUCAGAAAGGAGUUGAAAGAUGCAGAUGAAUGUCCUAAAUGUCACUAUUCUAGGUGGAAGGAAGAUACAUCUAACAUGGAAUAUGAUGACAUGAUAGACAAGUCCAAAAUGAAGAUACCAGUUAAGGUGCUUAGAUACUUCCCCAUUGUGCCGAGAUUAAAGAGAUUGUAUAAAUCAGCAGAGCUGGCUCAAAAACUGAUAUGGCACGCGACACAUAAGAGUACAUAUGGGAAGAUACGUCAUCCAUCAGAUUCUUUGGCUUGGCAGCACAUAGACACAAAGUUCCCCGAGUUUGCUUCAGAAUCGCGUAAUUUGCGUCUUGGGCUUGCUACUGAUAGAUUUAAUCCGUUUGGCGAUCUUUCCCCAUCCCACAGAAAGAAACAACCAGGUAGAGACAUCGAUAUAUACUUGCAACCACUGAUAGAUGAUCUGAUUGAGUUGUGGGAUAACGGCGUGGAGGUUUAUGAUAAAUUUAGUAACACAAUGUUCAACUUGAAGGCAUUAUUGAUGUGGACGAUAAAUGAUUUUCCUGCUUAUGGUAAUCUAUCUGGAUGUACGUAUAAAGGGAAGGCAUCCUGCCCUCUUUGUGGUGAUAAUACUCUUUCGACCUGGUUGUCGUUUAGUCGUAAAACUGUUUACAUGAAUCAUAGGAGAUUUCUACCUUAUAAUCAUCAUCUUCGAUCUAGUAAGAAGAAAGCUAUGUUCAAUGGAGAUAUUGAGAGGAAUGAAAAGCCACCUAUUAUGUCUGGUGUUGUGGCCUUUGAACGUCAGAGCAGUAUUGUGAAUGAUUUUGGGAAAGUGAAGCAGAACGAGGCGGAGAAAAGGAAAGAUAAAGAGGAAAAGAAGAAUAAGAAGAAUAAUAACCAGAAAAAGGUUCAGAGUAGUGCGACAACAGAUGCAAAUGACGGUAAUUCUAAGUGUGGGAAGCGGAAAAGGGAAGUUGCUACUGAUGUCGGUUCGAGUGCUGCUGCUACUUCUGGUGCACAUGAUGCUGACCAUCCGAUAUUCAACAAACAGUCCAUAUUUUUCGAAUUUCCUUACUGGAAGGAGGCAUUUCUCGAAAUAUGGUUGCUUGAGAGUCCUUAA